AAGCACAUUUCUGGCCAGGCCUGAGCUCGGCGUGCUGGCACGGGGCCUGCGGCCACCGGCACGGCCCCUCCGACGUCACCUCGCCGCCUUCCCUCCCCAGACGUCGCUCUGGGAGCGGGGCAGGAGGCGUGGGGACACACGGCAAGACUCCGUGGGCACCAGAGCGCAGCCAUGGAGGCCGAGAGGCCCUUCCACCUCGUGUCCCCGCUCCUGGAGAGCCUGCCCCUGUCCCGUGUGGCGGGGACCAAGGUCUACAUGAAGCUGGAGAACGUGCAGCCCACCGGCUCCUUCAAGAUCCGGGGCAUCGGGCACUUCUGCCAGGAGGCUGCCAAGAAGGGCUGCCAGCACUUCGUGUGCUCCUCAGGGGGCAACGCGGGCAUGGCCGCGGCGUACGCAGCCAGGAAGCUGGGGCUGCCGGCCACCGUGGUGGUGCCCAGCAGCACCGGCCCCGGCACCGUGCACAGGCUGCAGGAGCUGGGGGCGACGGUGGAGGUCUGCGGCAAGGUGUGGGAUGAAGCCAACCGCAGAGCCCUGCAGCUGGCCGACACCCCCGGCUGGGUCAGCGUCCACCCCUUCGACCACCCCUUGGUGUGGCAGGGACACGCCAGCCUGGUCCAGGAGCUGAAGGACUCUCUGGAGGCCAAGCCUGAUGCCAUCGUGCUGGCGGUGGGCGGCGGGGGGCUGCUGGCCGGCGUGGUGGCCGGGCUGCAGCAGGUGGGGUGGCCCGACGUCCCCAUCAUCGCCGCCGAGACCUGGGGGGCGCACAGCUUCCACGCGGCGCUGGAGGCCGGCCACCUCGUCACCCUGCCCGACAUCACCAGCGUGGCCAAGUGCCUGGGGGCGAAGACGGUGUCGGCGCGGGCGCUGCAGUGCGCGCAGGAGAGCCGGGUCCUCUCCCAGGUGGUGGAGGAUGCCGAGGCCGUGCGCGCCGUGGAGCAGUUCCUGGAUGACGAGAGGAUGCUGGUGCAGCCGGCGUGCGGGGCGGCGCUGGCCGUGCUCUACUCGGGGCGGCUGCAGCGGCUGCAGCGCGAGGGGCGCCUGGGGUCCCCCCUGGGCAGCGUGGUGCUGGUGGUCUGCGGCGGCAGCAGCAUCACGGCGGCACAGCUGCGGGGCCUGAAGAGCCAGCUGGGGCUGGAGUGACCCCCCCCGGUUGUCCCCCCCCUUCCCCACAUCACCCCAAAGGUGCUGAGUGGGGUGGGGAAACUGAGGCACAUCCCCGAGGACGCCACGGCUGGAGCCUCAAUCAGUGAGCGCUCCCGCUCUGGCUAAUUACUUUGGCACUGUCUCGAUGCGUUAUUAUUCUAAUGAUUAUUAAUUAUUACAACCCUCGCCCGUCCCUCCUGUGCUGUCAGAAGGGAACAGCGUGCGCAGACCUGCUGCUUACGGGGAUUUAUUGGGGGGGUCCCCAGCCAUGUGUCCAUUCCCCGUGUUCCCCCCCCAUCCCCUGAUUUGGGGUCUCUCUCCCACCAGGGCCCCCAACCCCAACUGCCCCCCAGCUCCCACCAGUUGAUCCAUUUAGCCCCAGUGCCCGUUUUGCCCUUUCCAGCCCCGAAACCCUCCUCAACCUCCCCCCGGAGCAGCCACCGAAGCCCCUUCCCCUCGCCCGCCUGCCUGCCCUGAAGCCUUCUCCUCCCUUCUUUCCCUUUUUCCCUUUUCCCCAAUAAAUCCCCCCGGCCCGGCCAGCCCCCGCAAUGCCUCCUGGAGGACCGAACCCCAUAAAUCAAAGUCCUGCUGCUCCAUCGUGGGCAGUAGCUUAUGUAAAAAGGUGUUUCCAGGGAGCACCGAAGGCUGGAGAAUCCUAUUACGAGGCGCACUAUUAAUUAUCGGGAGUCAGCCCGCCCUCCCCCUGCCAUUUUUUAUCCCGGGUCCCGGCCCCGAUUACUUUCCACCUUUCCCACCUCAACCUCCUCGCACGGAGCCCCCGCCAGCAUCCCAAAUCCCAGGGGUGCCCCAGCACCCCGCAAACCACCCUCGGCCACGCGGCUGGGGCGUGAUAAUUAGCGUAAGGCUAAUGACAGCAGCACGCUGAUAAUAACGAGCAGGCGGCACGCGCCCUUGUGCUUUAAUCCCCAUAACGAGGCCGGGCAGAGGUCACCGGGACGCGGUGCCACCCGCAGGGGCCGCACCUCUCCUGUCCCCACCGCCUGCGCUCGUGCCUCAGUUUCCCCGUGCGCCGCGCGCUUUUCUCGGCGUCCCCUCCCGUGGUGGCACGAGAAGGAAAAAUUCCUCCACUUGGCUGAACGGGGGGAGAAAAAAAAUAAAAAUACAAAAAUAAAAA